CUGAGGAUACACAGCAGUAGAAUAGUAGGAAGAACGGCUCUCUGACUCUUUCCUCCUUCAUUCGUCCGGUGAGCCGUGAACAUGGACACACACUCAGUCACACUCUUAUUACUUCUGCUGAACUUUUCUACAUACAGUGGGUUCCUGAUCAGACAUAAGAGAAAAGGAGUAUGUGUGACAGUUCAGGGUGAGAUGAUUGUGGUUCUGAGGAUCUGUGAUGUGAAGAACCCAUCUCAGGACUGGUCCUGGACUGAAGACAGGAAGCUGAAACACACUCACUCUGCUGUGUGUUUAUGGGUGAACAUCAGCAUGGGUUUGCCCUCUCAUGCCCGCCUGGUGAAAAUACGCCCCUGUAACUCCGCCCCUGCAUGGAAGUGUUAUGAUGAGUUUGGUACCUUUGGGCUGGAAAUGUUGCCUCUAUACCUUCACAAACAGGGAGAGCGGGCAGUCGUCCGGUCAGAACCCAAACACUCCAACUGGACCCGGUACACAGAGAGCAAGCUGGAGCUGACACACCUCUGCUCCAACACAGGUUCUUCAACAGCUGCUAAAACCACAGGAUUGAUAACAACAGUGAGGAUCCCUGUUACAUCCCACAACACCGUUAGAACCAGAACCAAGAGGACCGGGACCACUAGUACCCUUAAUAAAGACAAACUGACACACACCAUGGAAUUGGGACUUUACAACAAAGAAAAACAGGAAGCCUUCUCUGCCACAGAGCUCCCGUCUGAAAUGAGAAAUGUGAUGAGUAACGUCACGGCUGCUUCAGGGUUCCUGCAGGACAAACAUCUCACCACAGUCCCACAGUUUACUCUUAAUCUCACUGAAAGGCACAAAAUAGUGACAUCACUUCCUGCAAAAGAUGAAACUACACGCAUCACAUCUCCAUCUGCACUAAACUCAUCCAACACCUCUAACACCUCCUCCGACUUGUCCUCCUUCAGUGCUUCUGUCCUCUCAACAGCAGCUGAGACUCAAACUGACAUCAAACCUGUCAAACACACGGCAACUCAAUCACUUAUCACAGGAAGUCAUCACUCAGUAACAUCCAUAAGGGCUAUAAACAAAUCUCAGACACCAAGCAUGAGAUCUGCAACCACACAUCCCCCCAAAGUGAGUGCAUCUGCCCCACACAAGACUGUGUCUGAGACCACAAUUACCCCUACAGUGACUGGAGCACAGAGUGAAACCACUCUACCAUCUACUGCAGUUCUUACUUCAGCACCUACUCAAACAACAGGGACUCCAUCUGUACCCCAAAAAACUACCACAACCGGGCUUGUAUCUAAAAUUAGUUUAAAAUGGGAAUCUACACCUGGGCCUGUAAUUAUGGGGACUGGAUCAUCAUCUUGGAUUUCUAAUGCAGCAACAACUACAACUGCCCCUGGAACUGCUUCAGCUCCAAAUACAAGUACCCAUGUAACUGCACUAGCUAGCAGAGAAACUACACCUGUAACCAAAGCUCCCAGCUCCACCACAGUUACCCCUAUGAAUAAAGCAAGAAGGGACACUACAUUUGUAGCUAUGAACACACCUCUUACCCCAAUAAAUACACCUCCUGAGGGAAUUACAUCCACCCCAAUAAAUACACUUCCUGAGGGAAUUACAUCCACCCCAAUAAAUACACUUCCUGAGGGAAUUACAUCCACCCCAAUAAAUACACUUCCUGAGGGAAUUACAUCCACCCCAAUAAAUACACCUCCUGAGGGAAUUACAUCCACCCCAAUAAAUACACUUCCUGAGGGAAUUACAUCCACCCCAAUAAAUACACCUACUGAGAGAAUUACAUCCACCCCAAUAAAUACACCUCCUGAGGGAAUUACAUCCACCCCAAUAAAUACACCUACUGAGGGAAUUACAUCCACCCCAAUAAAUACAACCACUGAGGCUAUUAUAUCCACCCCAAUAAUUACAACCACUGAGGCAAUUACAUCCACCCCAAUAAUUACAACCAAUGAGGCAAUUACAUACACCCCGAUAAUUACAACCACUGAGGCAAUUACAUCCACCCCAAUAAUUAUAACCACUGAGGCAAUUACAUCCACCCCAAUAAUUACAACCACUGAGGCAAUUACAUCCACCCCAAUAAUUACAACCACUGAGGCAAUUACAUCCACCCCAAUAAUUACAACCACUGAGGCAAUUACAUCCACCCCAAUAAUUACAACCACUGAGGCAAUUACAUCCACCCCAAUAAUUACAACCACUGAGGCAAUUACAUCCACCCCAAUAAUUACAACCACUGAGGCAAUUACAUCCACCCCAAUAAUUACAACCACUGAGGCAAUUACAUCCACCCCAAUAAUUACAACCACUGAGGCAAUUACAACUGACCCAAUAGCUACAACUAAUGAAACACUUAGAACUUCCCCAAUAACUAAAGCUACUGAGGCAACAACAUCUGCCCCAGUAACUACAGCUACUGAUUCUUCAGCAACAAUGACUAGAAUAACAACAAGAGAAGCAGCCAUAACUACUGAACCUCCAAUAACAACUACACCAACUACCACCGUGAGCUCCACCACAUUCACCACCUCCACAAGUCGUCAGUGUAAAAGCACAGAGGAAGCGGUCAGGUGUGUGGUGAACCAAACGGAAGCCAUGGUGUUCACAAACUCCAGUGUAAUUAUGUUCAGAUCAGCAGGACCACUCUGUUUGUUCACUCUGAUCAACCGUGAGACUGGAAUACAGCUAACCAACUGCUCUCAGGACCAAACCUACACAAACAGAUUUACCUGUGAGGUCUCAGGUCUGAAACCUGGCACUGGUUAUCAUUUUGGAAUAAUUUCCCAGUCUGAUGGAGAGCAUUUCAACUUUUCCCUUCACACCGCUCCAUCAGCAGUAAGCAGUCUAAGUGUUUCUGCCGCCUCCACCUACAUCAGUGUUUCCUGGCAGCCGGGUCCUGGACAAAGAGAGACCUUCUGGGUAACGCUGAGUCAUGAUGAUGCACUGGUCCAGAACCUGAGGUUUAAAAGCACUGUGACAUCAUGCACUCUGGAUGGCCUUAGACCUGGUGCACUCUAUACUGUCACCGUGGUAACGGAAGCAUUCGGGAAACAACAAAAUGUAACCAAAGACAUUCGGACAGUUCCCGCUCCUGUAACCAAGCUAAAACUGGAAAACAAUGGCAGUGAAGACUCAUUUAUUACCUCAUGGACUCCUGCAGAAGGAGAAGUGGAUAAAUACCUGAUCUCCUUAACUUCAUCCUCUUCUUCCACUGAGCAGAUCCCAUUGGUCCAACUCCAGCCCAACACAUCCCAUUGGGUGUUCAGGGCUCUGACACCUGGACGGGGUUAUUAUGUGUCAGUAAGGACUAAAAGUGGUGAAGUCAGCACUGAGGCUAAAGCUGCUGGUAGAACAGUUCCUGGGCAUGUUCAGAAGCUUCAGGUACAUCACAGUAAUGAAUCAUCAGUGCGUGCUCAGUGGCGCCCCCCUCUGGGAGAGUGGGAUAAAUAUUCUGUCUACCUGGCAGAUGUAGGAGGAGGAGUGAAAAAAAGACAGACACUAAGCAGAGAAAUAAAUGAGUUCAGCUUUCAUGACCUCACACCUGGAAAAGAGUACAAUAUCACCGUGGUAACACACAGUGGAGACUUGAACAGUUCCACCUCCAUCACCACCCAGACCAUUCCUGCUGGUGUCACACAGCUGACUGUCAGUAAUGAGGGCACAACUGAUGCUCUGCGUGUGAGCUGGACAAAAGCAGAAGGAGAUGCUGACUUGUACCGUGUGCUGCUUAUCCAGAACAGCAUUGUGAUCAGAAAUGAGAGUGUGAUAUCACAGCAGACGUCACACAGCUUCCAUAAGCUGAGGAGUGGCACCCAUUACAGAGUGGUGGUGAUCAGUAUGAAGAAUGGUGUGUCCUCCAAGCAAAGAGUGUCUGAGGGCUACACAGUGCCUGCAGCCGUGGGUGGAAUCUCGGUCAGUAAUAACGGCCGGUCGGAUUUCCUCAGUGUGUGGUGGAGACCUGCACAGGGGGACGUCGACAAGUACACGGUUACACUCAGUCAUCUUGGCAACAUCAUACACAUUCAUAUCGUGCCCAAGUCCAGCUCUGAGUGUGUGUUCAACUCGCUGACGUCCGGUCGCCUGUACAACAUCAGCGUCAACACACACAGUGGAUUGUACACUAACCACACGGUGGUGCAGGAGAGGACGCAGCCAUCUCCCGUGCUGACUCCGUGUGUUACACACAUGGCACGUGAUGACUCUCUGAGGGUCUACUGGCGACAUCCUUCUGGAGAUUUUGACUUUUACCAGAUUGUCGUUAAACAUAACAACAUGAUCCAACACAACACUACAGUCACACAGUACCAGGAUGAGUGUGUAUUCACUGGCCUCGUCCCAGGGCGACUGUACACCGUCAUCAUCAGCACUUGGAGCGGCAAGUACGAAGCCAGUGUGUCUACUCAUGGGAGAACACUCCCGGGGGGGGUGCGCAACCUGACGUUGUUGUCUCAGGGGACACAGGAGCUGGGCGUGGCUUGGGCACCAGCCGUUGGUGAUGUGGAUCAUUAUGAGAUUCAGAUUGUGUUUAAUGAUAUGAAGGUGUUUCCUGCUAUCACUCUAAGCAGCAGUACGACUCAGCAUGUCCUCUCUCUGCUCACGCCUGGACGUCUCUACAAGAUCAUUGUGUCCACCUUCAGUGGUCCCAAUCUUAGUACACGCUUCAUUGAAGGGAGAACAGUCCCAAGUAAAGUGAAGAACAUCCAUGUCAGUAAUGUAGAGGAGACAUCAGGUCUGCGUGUGAGCUGGACUCCAUCUCAGGGUGAUGUGGACAGUUACUGUGUGUUCCUGAUUGGUCCAGGCCCAGGUCCAGAAGUCAAAUGCCCGACCCUCAAACAUGUAAACGACGUUAGCUUCAGCUCAUUACAGCCCGGAGAAAAAUACACCAUCCAAGUGCAGACUAUCAGUGGGAAUUUACACAACAACAACACUGUUACAGCACGCACAGUGCCUUCCCCGGUGGUGUCAGUGCAUGUGGACAGUGGUGUGAGUCAGAGCAGUGUGUGUGUGAGGUGGCGUAUGGGGCAAGGUGUGUGUGAUGGGUUCAAUGUGUUGCUACAGGAUGAGAGAAGGUUGGUGUUGAGGAAUGUCACACUGCCACCUGUCUCACUGCAGCACGAGUUCACAAAUCUCACCCCAGGCAGGAAGUACUACAUCCUCAUACACACCCUGAGUGGAGGCAUACAGAGCCGAGUGUCUGUCACACACACACGCACACUCCCAGCUCCCGUCACCAAUCUGUCCGUUCUGAGCCGCUCCUCCUCAUGCCUGUCCCUGGGGUGGUCUCAUCCUGUGGGGGAUUUUGACAGCUUUGUUGUUUCCCUGUACAGAGGUGAUAACUCUCUGCUGGAGAAGCAGUGCAAUAGAACAAAUAUAAUGAGCUGCUCCUUCACCGACCUGACACCUGGAACUGAAUACAGAGCUACAGUUCUGACAAAGAGUGCAGAACUCAGCAACAAUAACUCCAUCCUCACCCGGACAGUGCCAGAGGCCGUGUCCUCAGUGUGUGUAGAGAGCAGGAACAGGACAGACACUCUAUUUGUGAGCUGGAAACCUGCUGCAGGUGAAGUAAGCGGAUACACAGUCUUCGUGUAUGACUCGAGUCAAUCCCAGCAUGCCGAGCAGAGGCUGAGCUCUAACAUCACACAGAUGGAGUUCCAUGGCCUUGUACCUGGACGUCUCUACUUUGCCAACAUUACCACACACAGUGCUAACCUCUCCAACAUGACUACCUCUGUCGCCAUGACCGCACCAAAGCCACCAUCAUUUUUCUCUUAUGGGGACGUGACCAACACGUCAGUGGAAGUGAAGUGGGCGUGGCCAGAUGGAUCAGAUUAUGAUGACGUUGACCUGCAGUGGUCUCCUGGUGAUCCCCUGUCUGUCAUUAAGGCCUAUCAGAACACUACGUCAGGCUGCCAGCUGCUGAAGGGCCUGAACCCAGGACGACUGUACACACUCCACCUCCACACAGUCAGUCGUACAGGAGGACAUGCUGCAUACAGCCAACCUGUCACCAUACACAUCCGCACCAAGCCUCAGCGGAUCUCAAGUCUUCACUGUCGACCGUUAAACUCGUCUGCGGUCUUGUGUUCAUGGAGCCCUCCACAGGGUGAUUUUGACUCGUACAAGGUGGAUUGUUUCCAUCAGGACUCGGGUGUGUUGGUGAACUCCAGCCAAACUCCACCCAACUCCACUCUGUACCACAUCACCAACCUCGAACCUCACAAACGCUACAGAAUCUCCAUUCAAGUCAUCUCUGACACCAUGACCAGCGAGGCAGCUGAGCAGAGCACUAUUACCAUGAUCGACCGCCCCCCACAGCCCCCCCUAUACAGCCGGGUCAGAAAGAGCACCGCCCACAUCACUAAGUCUUCCAUCUUCUUCCGUUUUAACUGCAGCUGGUUCAGUGACGCUAACGGAGCCAUUCAGUACUUCAGCAUCAUCAUCACCGAGUCAGACAAGAGUGAAGAUAUUCAGCCUGAACAGCGCCACCCACUGCCCUCCUACAGGGAUUACAUUAGUAACACCUCUGUGAAGGUGUAUCAGACAGGAUAUUUCUCCAGCGAUUGUGAUCGGGAGCUCAGCGGCUACACACACACUUUCAACAUCACACUGGGUUCAGGCAUGGAUACUCUAGGGGGGAAGUGUGAACACACACCCAUACACACACUCAACACAGACCAACCGCAUGGUGUGUACUGUGAUGGCCCUCUGAAACCCAACACUGCCUACCGACUAAGUGUGCGAGGUUUCACACAGCUCGCUUCAUCUCCUCUCUUUAGAGAUACUUACUUCUCGCCGCCUUUAGUCACAGACGCAGAGCCUCUAGGGGGUGUGAUAGAGGGAGUAAGUGCAGGACUCUUCCUCAUCAUCUCAGUGGUGGGAAUCAUCAUUAUUCUCAUCUGUAGGCACAAAACACACAAAGUUAUACAGGAGCCAAUGGUGAGGAUGAGUGUCAGGAGAGAAAGAACAAUGUCAAUCUCAAGAAUCAGAGGGAAUCGACGUAUUUCCAGUCCGAUUAACAUUAUAAACUUUGAGGCUCAUCUCAGUAAACUGCAGGCCGACUCCAACUACCUGCUGUCUCAGGAAUAUGAGGAUCUAAAGGAAGUGGGUCGGAACCAGCCUCUGGACACAGCGUUAUUGUCCGAAAAUAGAGGAAAAAACCGCUACAAUAACAUCCUACCAUAUGAUUCUUCUCGUGUGAAACUAUCCUACGUAGAUGAUGACCCGAGUUCAGACUACAUCAAUGCCAGCUACAUACCUGGGAAUCAUUUUAGACGUGAAUACAUCGCCACACAGGGACCACUUCCAGGGACUAAAGAUGACUUUUGGAAAAUGGUGUGGGAGCAAAACGUCCACAACAUUGUCAUGUUGACUCAAUGUGUGGAGAAAGGACGGGUGAAAUGUGACCACUACUGGCCAUUUGAUCAAGACCCACUGUAUUAUGGAGAUCUGAUUGUGAGGAUGCAGUCUGAGUCCGUUCUACCAGAGUGGACCAUCAGGGAGUUUAAGAUCUGCAGUGAGGAUCAACAGAAUUACACUAAAACUGUCCGUCAGUUCCACUACACUGUGUGGCCUGAUCAUGGAGUUCCUGAAUGUACUCAGUCUCUUGUGCAGUUUGUUCGCACUGUGAGAGAUUAUAUCAACAGAACCCCAGGUACAGGACCUUCAGUCAUCCACUGCAGUGCUGGAGUGGGCCGUACUGGAACCUUUAUUAUUCUGGACCGGGUUCUGCAGCAGUUAAACUGUAAAGACACAGUGGACAUUUAUGGUGCGGUGUUUGACCUGAGACUGCAUCGCUCACACAUGGUGCAGACUGAGAGUCAGUACAUGUACCUGCACCAGUGUGUACGUGAUGUUCUCCGUGCGAGAAAGUUACGCAGUGAGCAGGAGAACCCGCUGUAUCCCGUCUAUGAGAACGUGGCUCCAGAGAAACACUGGGACAGAGUGAACACGCACCGCUAAUAACUGGAGCAGGAAGGACACGUCUCAUAUGGAGCACUGAAAUCUGAGUUACAUGUUUAUUAAUAUUAUUAUGAAGCAUGUGUAAGUGUGUUAUAAACACUGUAUACUGAUUAUACUUCUCAUACCUGAGCUACUGUACAGGACCAAGUGAAUGUUAUUAAGGUUCAUUAAAGUUUAUUAUCUUUAUCUAAA